AUCCCUAUAAAUACACUACUCUCCUGUCAAUGUUGGUGUUAAAAGCAAAGAAGAGAGAACAAGUUUUCAAGAAAAUGGCUGAAGAACAAAGAAUCAAAGUUCCUAGAGUGAAACUGGGUACUCAAGGAUUUGAGGUAUCAAAGUUGGGAUUUGGUUGCAUGGGCCUCAUUGGAAUAUACAAUGAUCCUGUCCCUAAAGAGGUUGGCAUUUCAAUCAUCAAGUAUGCAUUUGAUCAAGGAAUCACUUUCUUCGAUACUUCAGAUGUCUAUGGACCCCAUACUAACGAGCUUCUAGUUGGCAAGGCUUUGAAGCAACUCCCCAGAGAGAAGGUCCAGUUGGCUACAAAAUUUGGUGUUGUCAAAUUUGAUUAUAGUACUCCUCCAACGAUAUGUGGUACUCCUGAAUAUGUGCGGUCCUGUUGCGAAGCUAGUCUGAAGCGGCUCGAUGUUGAAUACAUUGAUCUCUAUUAUCAGCACCGCAUUGACACAACUGUACCUAUUGAGGAUACUAUGGGAGAACUUAAGAAGUUGGUGGAAGAGGGGAAAAUAAAGUACAUUGGACUAUCUGAAGCUAGUCCUGAUACAAUAAGAAGGGCACAUGCAGUGCAUCCCAUUACUGCUAUACAAAUAGAGUGGUCUCUCUGGACUCGUGAUGUUGAGGAAGAAAUUAUCCCACUUUGCAGGGAACUUGGAAUAGGGAUAGUUCCAUAUAGUCCUCUCGGCCGGGGAUUUUUUGGUGGCAAGAAAGUUGUUGAAAGUGUGUCUGCAAACAGUUUUCUGGAACAUCAUCCUAGAUUUAACGGAGAGAACUUGAACAAAAACAAGAUCUUGUAUGCACGUAUGGAAGCUUUAGCUGAAAAGCAUGGAUGCACCACUGCACAACUUGCACUUUCAUGGGUUCUUCACCGAGGAGAUGAUGUAGCACCAAUUCCUGGGACAACUAAGAUAAACAAUCUAGAAAACAAUAUUGGUUCCUUGAGAUUGAAGCUUACAGAUGAAGAUUUACAAGAGAUUUCUGCAGCUAUACCCAUUAACGAGGUGGCAGGAAGUUCAUUAGUAAAUGAAAGUUUCAGCUGUGUCCACUGGAAAUUUGCUAACACUCCAUCAAAAGCCAGUCCUUGAGCUUCCAAAAGCAUCUAAAACCAGUAAAAUAUAUAUUGAGGGUUAAAUAAAUAAAUGCAGGAGGUUGCAGUUCUCACAUGCAACUAAUGCAGGGAUACACCAAGCUGGUGAUUCAUUUAUGUUUGUUUCCUGUUGAAAUUGUUUGUGCAACAUCAAUUUGAUUUGAGAUUUUUAUGUAUUCUUUGCAAAUUA